UAGUAGCAGUGAUAAUCCAGGGCUAAAUGAAGCUCAGUUUAGUAACUUGAUGAGAUACACGAAGGAUGGUAGGUUUCUCCACGAUCUUGAGCCACAAGAGAAGUCUACGCAGUUUUCUCACAAAGACAAACCUAGGACUAAAAGGGAUAUCACUAUAGGAAGUAACAGGUCAGUGGAUGAGGAUCCUUUAAGUUGUCGGCGUGAAACUUCUUGCGUUGGCAAAUGCAGGAAAGGGAGAGACCCAGGACUAACCACUGAAGAAAUCAAGUGCUUCUGUGAUGAAUACUGCACAGUAUUCCUCGAUUGUUGCGCAGAUUACGAGCAGUUUUGCCUUCUAGGCAAGCAUUCCAACUCAUCAAAAUCUCUAAACCAUGAAUUCUGGAAGUGUCAUGACAGAGGUGGGUCUACGGUGCCCUUUGCGAAAGGUGUGAGGAUGAUCUCUGCUUGUCCUGCAAACUGGACUCAUGAUGAAAUCGCUACAAAGUGCACAAGAGAUAUGCCAGAGAUGUCCGAAGGCUCUCAAAGUCACACUACACCGUUGAUCGAUGCGAAAAAUAACACAUACAAGAAUCGCUUUUGUGCAGUUUGUCACGGCGUUGAAAUCAACACAAGCCGAUUCUACGAUCAUGAAACACGGUCGAUUCAACCCGUUAGCUAUACCAAACGGGAGAACACUACUAAUUCGACAUCUGUGGUCUUUAAAUCUUCAAUUGUAAAAUGGAAGCCACCUUUAGGCGCUCCCAGGCGUUACUGUCUUGACUUAGAGACAAACGCGUCGUGCUUGAAUACCUCAGUGACGCCAGAAGUUCAGCGUAAGUGUUUAUCAAAAUCACUGGGAGUUGUCGGCGCGAAAAGGGGAACAAGGAAGCUGUAUUUGAAUAGACACUGCGCCCAAUGCGCCGGUGUUGCACUUGGCGAGAUUGUGUGUGGACCCAUUAAACAAAGUACUCCAAUGUUACUUUCGUCUAUUAAGGGUCACCAAGUAGCACCUCCCUUGAUCACCUUGUUUCGCCCAGAUUCUCGAAAACCAAACCCCUGCGAGAUUGGUCACGUACUGGAUCCUGUUUCUAGGGAGUGCCGAAGGGUAAUCAGCAUGAAAAGGGACAUCCACAAGAAACUAACUUUACCUUUCUUUAACAGAUAUAAAGUUUCUAUCGAAUUUGAAUCUCAGUUUGGUAAAACAGAUGGGAAUCAAUCAAGAAAAGUAAUAACACAGACUCUAGAGUCUGCGUUAAGAAAUUGCUCUGCAGAAAUACUUUCCAUAAACGUUCUAAACGGCACAUCUAUAUCUGCAAAUAUAGUGGUUACCUUCCCGCAAAGUUACCUGAGUCAAACUAACGGCUCAAUUACUUGCAAUUUAACGGUAGGGAAUAUGCCUUUCUCUGUUGUCAAGGAGGAGUGGGUACCUUUGUUAUGUGUCACAAUUGACAUUUACAACCCAAGUGAAUACUUGGUAAUCACGAACGCUGACUCCGCUAUUUAUGUUAACAGCACGAAAGACAAAAUUCUCAAGACAGACUACUGGUCAAACCAAACUGAGUCUAGAAAUGGAUCUGUUAUUCCUGUGGGUGACGUUCAUGUCUGUCGAAAAAGCGUCAUAUUGAAGUGUUUUGGUGUCUUAAUUCAGCUCAAGGAAGAGGAAUACGUCAUUUUAGGAAACGGAUCUUUGUACAGAAAUAACUCAAAAGAAGUAUACGGCAUUCAUGAUUUCGUGAUGAUAGACGGAGAGGCUACAAUCUGCAUCAUCCCUUCGUCUGCUGAUAGCAACACUUACACGGCACUUCUGAUUUUAACUUACGUUGGAAUCAGUCUUUCUAUUGCCUGCCUUUUGCUUGUGCUCUUUACUUAUUCCAUUUUCAGGGAACUGCGUACUUUGCCGGGUAUUAAUUUAAUGAAUUUGUCCAUCUCUUUGCUUUUCGCCCAUUCCUUUUUCAUGAUUGGGGGUGUGAAUCAACAGCGACAGAUUUGUACAUUGAUUGCUGUUCUAACCCAUUACUUUUACUUAGCAUAUUUUACUUGGAUGUCAAUUAUCGCAUUUGAUACCUACUAUACUUUUUCCAGAACCUGUCGCACCCGUCAGAGAACAGCCAAUCGGAAGGGUUGCUUACUUGCCAUUGGUUGGAUUCCUGCCCUUUUGUUUGUUGCUAUUUGUUACUACCUCGACCAAUCAGGGUUAGUUGCUAUAGGAUACGGUGGCACGAGUCACUGUUGGAUCAACAAUACCAAGUCUAACAUUUUUGUUUUUGUCAUCCCGGUGGCUGUCUCCAUUUUGUUAAACGCGAUCCUGUUUUCGUUGACGGUUAUUUCCAUUAACAAAAUAAAAAAACAAACACGGGUAAUCGGAAACGCCGCAAACAAUCGAAAACAGGUUGUGUUGUUUUUAAAGCUCUCAGUCUUGAUGGGAUUCACGUGGAUUUUUGGAUAUCUAUCGAUUCUUGUUUCUAGUUACUUUGAUUAUCCAUUUGUUGUAUUCAACUCACUUCAAGGAGUUUUUAUUGCUUUUGGGUUUGUGUUCACAGGCAGAGUGAAGAAAAUGUACGGCGCGUUGUUAACAGCCGACAAAGUAUUAUCAUCAACAGCACAAACUUACGAUACCCAGAUAUAG